AUGGCUUUGUUCUCUGCUCAUUUGGCUUUUGCAUUUGGACUACUAGGUAACGCGGUCUCGUUCAUGGUUUAUCUUGCACCACUGCCAACUUUUUAUAAAGUCUACAAGAAGAAAUCAACUGAAGGGUUCCAAUCAGUUCCUUAUGUGGUUGCUUUAUUCAGUUCCAUGCUGUGGAUAUACUAUGCUUUCCUCAAGUCCAAUGCUACCCUUCUCAUCACCAUCAACUCUGUUGGCUGCUUCAUGGAGACCAUAUACAUUUGCUUCUACCUCUUUUAUGCACCAAAGAAGGCUAAGGUUCAAACUGUGCAGCUGGUGGUUUUACUGAAUGUUGUCGGGUUCGGUUUGAUCCUUCUUCUCACUCACUUUCUUGCAAAAGGUCCGACCUGUGCCAUCAUUGUUGGAUGGAUCUGCCUAGUGUUUUCUUUUUGCGUAUUUAUCGCGCCUUUGUGCAUUGUGAGACAAGUUAUACGAACGAAAAGCGUAGAGUACAUGCCAUUCCUUCUAUCCUUUUUCCUCACACUAAGUGCAGUCAUGUGGUUCUUCUAUGGUCUACUAAUCAAAGACUUUAACAUUGCUAUUCCAAAUGUCUUGGGAUUCAUCUUUGGUGUUCUUCAAAUGAUACUGUAUGUAAUGUACAAGGACGCAAAGAAAGUUGUCGAAAAUGAUCAAAAGCUUCCUGAAAUCAAAAACCAUAUUAUAGUUUUGGAACAAGAUCACAUUCUUCAUGAAUUAGCAGAACAAAUCAUUGAUGUUGUGAAGCUGAGUGCUUUGGUGAGUUCAGAGAUGGCUACUGUGGAAGAGAAACUGAAUUCUAAUAUUGGACAAGAAUUGAUUGGAGAUGAGAAUAUUAGUGUGCCUAAGGAGAUCAUGAUCAAAGCAUGA